AUGUUGUCUUGGCUUCAACAUCGAUGGAUAGGUCUCUGGUUACUACUAAUGGCUCUAGGAGCCCUCAUGCUGUUCUUUUACGGGUUUUUCCCUUUAAAAUAUCAUUCUGGAAAAUUAGCACGUAUGGAUGAUUUACCUAACUUCAUAGAUGGUGUCAGUAUUGAUGGGCAAGAAGUCUAUAAUGCAGGUGAAAAUAGUGUUGUGCUCAUGGUAAUAGAUGGCUUAAGAUAUGACUUUGCUUCAGAAGAGUAUAUGCCAUUCACUGGAGAACUUUUAAAGAAUAAAUCGGCUUGUAUCUAUGUAUCUGUAGCUGAACCACCAACUGUUACAAUGCCUAGAAUAAAGGCUAUGAUGACGGGUAGUAUAUCCACGUUCGCUGACGUGGCACUAAACUUUGGAGCCCCUGCUGUGCGGGGCGACAGCGUGCUUCGGGUCGCAUCAGUUCGGGGCAGACGCUCUGUACUUUACGGCGACGACACCUGGCUCCGACUAUUCCCUGGUCUUUGGGCUGAGUAUGACGGCACCACUUCCUUUUAUGUGACCGAUUACACAGAGGUGGACAAUAACGUGACUCGCCAUUUAGACAAAGUUCUAACACCAGACGAUGACAAGGAGCCUACCUUCGAUUUCCUCGUCCUUCACUAUUUGGGCUUGGAUCAUAUAGGACAUCUGGAGGGUGCCCGCAGUCCAAAAAUCAAGCCUAAACUUAUCGAAAUGGAUGAAGUUGUGAAGAAAAUAUACAUAGCUAUGCAAACCUGGGAUCGUACUGGAGUGCUUAUUGUAUGCGGAGACCACGGUAUGCGUGACGCAGGCGGGCACGGAGGCGCCACGCCCGCUGAAGUCCUCAUACCAUUGGUUGUCGUCAAGAGCGGCGACUUCCAAUGUCCGCAUCCACGUGGGCCGGGGCCGACGGUGAAACAGGUGGACGUGGCGACGACGGUGGCGUGGUUGCUGCGCGCGCCGCCGCCGGGCGACAGCGCGGGCCGCGUGCUGCCCGCGCUGCUGCCCGCCGACACGCGCCAGCACCUCUACCUGCUGCACGCGCUCGCCGCACACUGCGCGCGACACGGCCUGCCCACCGACACCGAGUUCUACAAGCAAUUUAAGCGUGCCGAGAAGCAGUUCGCGCAGUAUUUGGCAACGGGGCAAAUGAGCGCCGCCAAAAUCGCCAAAGAAUUCUACGACGAGUCGCUAGAGGCGAUGUCGAAAUACCUUACCGAAACUACCGGCGAAUUUGACUUGUUCGCUAUCAGCUUUGCCACGAUCCUGCUUUACAUAAUCGCUGCAUCACUUCUAUGCGCAACUCUAUACUCCUUACAACCGGACAUCCGUAAACCAAGCACGCAUCAUCAACCCUCCACGGCGAGCUUGUUCGUCGCCUUUAUGAUAAUGUUUAUAAUAUUUUCCGGUGUCCUUGUCAUAUCGUGUUUUAUAACGGAAACCAAAAGCCAGUUCUGCUCCUUCGAUCCCCUUUGGUCUAUAGCAUUCUUCGGGACAGUGUUCGCAUUAACAGUAGUUUACUUCGUUAUCAAAACUGGAAUCGAGACGAUCACAGAUAUGUCAGCGUUGAGAGACUUGAAUGCCAUCGACUAUUUACUGAUUGGAGGAACCCUAUUCCAUUCGUGGUCGUUCUUCGGUACAAGUUUCAUCGAAGAGGAGCACAUGACGUGGUACUUCUUCUGGAACACGCUGAUGUUCUUCGUGUUGAUACGAACGAUUGUGGUUAUUGUGAUGUACUUCAGUAAGAGAUUAUCAAGAGCUACCGAGAUACAAGAGAAGCCGGAGUUGGAACAAAGAAUGAGUAGUGUUGGUAUCAGUAUUCUUCCUAAGUGGGUGAUUCUGAUCGCUUUGCACAGGUACCUCCGAACAAUGAACCAGACUGGUGACAGAUGGUUGUUUCUACCAGACACGGCUGAUUGGUUAAACGCACCCGAAAACGUUUUCUAUCUUCAAGCACAUCUUAUUAUAGGGACACUUUCAACACUAGGCAUUUGUCUAUGGAAUGUAAGACACAUGAACAACUCCGUGCAUAUACACACGGCACUUACUAUUGCUGCGGCUUGCAGUAUCCUGUGCUACCGAAUCGCAGCCGGCGCUUUAGAUUCACCGUUCCCAAUUUUGAAAACAUGGGACACUGUCACCAUUGUCAACAUAUUCUGGGGCAUUCUGAUAGCGCAAUUAAUUUACGAAAUACUUACUUAUGUGGGUAUAUUCAAAAAUUGUGGAUGCAGUCCCAACCAAAACGUUAAUAAGUUUGAAUAUAAAAAGCCGAAGGCCAAAUCUGAAGAUUAUUUCUAUGAGCCAAUGGACGAACCAUGGAACAUUGACGAUGUGAAACUUAGCCUGGCACGCUCCCUUUCGCAUAUCAUUUUGAAUGAUUUGAUGUUAAUAAUAAUUUUGCUUAUGAGGCCACAUAACGUUAUAAUGGUGCCGAGUGUAAUUGCGACAUGCUCGCUCACUUCCAAAUGCCUAGACCAUAGACUGUUGGAUUCUAGACCGGGAAGGGGGAAAGACAUAGCCGAUUUAAUCAGCCAGACGCUUGUGCACAUCUGGAUCGGGAUGGUUUUCUUCUUUUAUCAGGGCAACUCGAACAGCCUGGCGUCCGUGGACCUGGGCGCGGGCUACGUGGGGCUGAGCGAGUACUGCGCCGUGCGCGUGGGCGCGCGCAUGGGGCUGCACGCCUACGCCGCGCCCGCGCUCGCCGCCGCCGCGCUCCACUGCCGCCUCGCGCGCACUCACCAAUGGAAAAGGUACUUGGCAUCAGUGUGGCGAGUCUCGAACAUCUACGCACUGCACCGAGUAUAUACAUUGGCCGUGUACUGCGUGGUCGCUGUCGUAUUCCGACAUCAUUUGUUCGUCUGGUCGGUAUUCUCACCUAAACUGUUGUACGACUUCGUGGCGACCGUAUUUUCUAUACAGGCACUGACGACGAUCGCGCAAAUUGUACUUUUAACUAGUCUAACCAGUUGGCUUGCGAGAAUAUUUACUUAUAAGUCUACAUUGUGA